GCCUGAACCGAGAAGUUGAAGAAACGAGGGAAAAUCUAUAAACCCUAGAAACCCUGCUUGUUUCCACUAAAACUGCAAAACUUGUUGACAAUUUUCUCAAAUUGGAUUAUUGGUUGCUCUGAGAUAGUUGCUCAUGGACAUUUCUAUUUUGGAAGAUGCUUGCUGCCUCACUUAGUGAAAAUAAGAGAUUUUCCCCUUCAUUUUUGUAGCUCUCUUCAACCGGAUUCGAAAAUGGCUCGGCUUCUUCGGAACGCUUCUUCUCUCAGGGGCUGUUUGUUUUCUCAGUUGCAGGGAGAGAGGAGAGGAUCACUGGAAACUUCUACUCAGCUAUGUUACUUUGCCACUAAAGGUAGAAGGAAAUCAAAGGCAGAUGCAAGUGAUUCUGGUGAAGAGAAUAUGUCAAAGAAAGAUUUAGCUCUAAAGCUAGCCCUGGAUCAGAUAACAUCAUCAUUUGGACAAGGAUCCAUUAUGUGGCUUGGCCGCUCAGAGUCUUAUAGACACACACCAGUGGUAUCCACUGGGUCAUUUACUUUGGAUAUGGCACUAGGAAUUGGAGGACUACCAAAGGGACGUGUUGUGGAGAUAUAUGGCCCAGAAGCUUCUGGGAAAACAACCCUCGCUUUGCAUGUGAUCGCGGAGUCACAAAAACAAGGAGGCUACUGUGUUUUCGUUGAUGCUGAGCAUGCUCUUGAUCCAACGUUAGCUGAGGCUAUUGGUGUAGACACCAAAAAUUUGCUUCUGUCCCAACCAGAUUCUGGUGAGCAGGCUCUCAGUUUGGUGGAUACCUUAAUCCGGAGUGGUUCUGUUGACGUUGUCGUUGUUGAUAGUGUAGCUGCUUUGGUCCCUAAAGGAGAACUUGAUGGUGAAAUGGGUGAUGCACACAUGGCAAUGCAAGCUAGACUUAUGAGUCAAGCACUUCGGAAAUUGAGCCACUCGCUAUCUCUUUCGCAGACAAUCUUAAUUUUUACAAAUCAGGUUCGUGCAAAGCUUUCUAUUACUGGAUUUGGUGGUCCAACCGAAGUUACUUGUGGUGGAAAUGCCCUGAAAUUUUAUGCUUCUGUACGCCUCAAUAUCAGGAGAAUAGGGAUGGUGAAGAGGGGAGAAGAGACUAUAGGAAGCCAAGUUGCUGUCAAGAUCGUGAAGAACAAGCAUGCACCUCCAUUUAGAACUGCACAAUUUGAGCUUGAGUUUGGGAAAGGGAUUUCUCGAGAGGCCGAGCUUAUAGAGUUGGGAAGCAAAUAUAACCUGAUCACAAAAACUGGCAUGGCACACUAUAAUAUAAAUGAUCAGGUUAUUUAUGGGAAGGAUGCUUUCAAGAGAUACUUGUCUGAAAAUGUAAGUGUGAGAGAUGAACUUAUGGCGAACCUAAGACAGAAGAUUACUGAUGGUGAACAAGACAGUGAAAAGUUUGUUGAGGACGUUCCUGCAUCUGAAACGACCGAUGAGGAAGCUAUUGCUGCUGCUGAGGCAUAAAUACUGAUGGCCAAGAUAUACUUUGGCAUGGUACUCUUCAGAGUGAGAGCUGCUUUCAUGAAGAAAUUUUGCACAUUGACAGAAAAUCGACGUGACAAUUCAUGGCUCAUCCUAUGUUUUUUCCGGUCUUCAUUAGUAUGAGCAGUAAACCUCUUGAAACUGCAGCCUUGCAAGUAAACUGCAGCAUGCAUACAGGUCAGUAGAGCAUGAAAAUUUUGUGAUCGUAUUUCACCUAGCUAAUUUUGUGAUUGUAUUGUACAUAAGAUUUCUUUCAAUGCAUUCAACAACGGUGAUGUGUGAGGUACCUGCCUCUGCGCAUUUUUUUCCGUUUCGAUU